GAGCAUACAUGGUUUAUGCCUCACAGUAUCUCGUUGAGUAAAUUCAAGAAGAUAGCUGCGAGUCUCAUGCAGUUGUUUGUAGUUGCUUGCUGAGAUCCUGUGAGACCUCAUGCGACCAAUUAGGAUUUGCCACAUGGCAUUUUCGGGCACCUGCAUGUGUCAAGGCUGGAUUGGCAUGUGAGCCUAGAGUUGAUGAAACCAUGUUCAUCUUUCCUUCCCCUCUUUCUACAUCAACCCACAUCUAACAUCUCUCCCCCUCUUUCUAUCCUCAAACAAAGGUAGCAUCAUCUUAAUUCAUGAUGUAUUCCCCUCCAUACAUAUUUUUCCAUAGACAGAAAGGUUACUACUGGAAAGAGGGGACUGACCCUACUUUACAAAAUCUUUCUACCCUCAACGAUGCACCUGAUGAUCUCCUCCAAUCCGUCGCUAUCAACGUAUCGCAACCUGACGCUCUUAUGACCUGGCUCAAGACAAACAACGCUGCUGUAAUCUCUGACCUUACCGUUUUUGUCGACGCGACCGACGCCGCACCUAGUCCUCAGCGAUGGUGCGUGCUUUUCGACCAACUUCAACGAGAAGCAACCAACAUCCAAAAUUUGAGUGUCUACUGGGAUUCAGAGGGUCCAAUACAUACUGGGCUAGGGAAAAGCGUCGUUUUUAUACGCGGGCUGGCACAACUUAAGGUGAAGAGAUCGUUAGAGAUCGGUGGGUUUUAUGCCAUGCAUUGGCCGAGAUACUUGGAAGAGAAGAUGGCUUUGAAGCCAGUUGAUAAAAACAUUUUUCCAGGAAGCCCAUGGGUAGGCAUGUUGAAGAAGUAUCAGAGAGGGACCGAGAGCCGGAAUCCUUGGGUUAACACUGAGGAUGGAUGGUGGGACGUCCCGAGACGCAUGGACUUCACCGAUCUCCUCAAAUCUUUACAUUCUUGAUUUCCCCGUGCUGGCGAUUCUGCUAUUUCAUUUCUCCAUGUAGUCGGCUAAGGAUUCGCCCAUACGCUCUUUAAUUGCUUUCGUGCUAGGCGUGUAUUUUCUCUUCACGACUGCUAAGUUCGAUUUCAAGUAUUUUCCUUCUGCUGAUGCACCCCUCUUCGUCCUUAGCGAUCUUAUGGGGCUCAGUGUCCGAUAUCUUGUGAAUGAAAUGCGCCGAUACCGUCACAUGAUGAUCUGACCAAUGUAACGUUAGUUAGCAUGGUAGCAUCUUGAACUGGCCUUAGCCUCUACGUUGUUCAGCCUUCAUCCU